AUGGUUAGUCGAACUGUGGCAGCACCAUUAGAUCGAUUAAAAAUUUAUAUGCAAGCGAUGGGAAAGAAAAAAUUAUUAACAACAGCAAGUACUCUGUAUGGAGAAGGUGGAGGUGGUGUUAAAGGUAUUCGAUCAUUUUGGCGUGGUAAUGGUAUUGCAGUAUUUAAAAUGACACCAGAAAUGGCUCUUCGACAAGGCAUUUUUGAAACAUUCCGUGAACUUCGUGGUGAUUAUGAUGAAAUUAUUGUAUCACUAGUAACUAAUAAAGAAUUAUUUGGUCUUGGUUGUCUAUCUGGUUUUAUAACUAAAACAUGUAUUUAUCCAUUAGAAGUGCUUAAAACUCAAGCUGCUAUGCGAACAACUGGACAAUAUAGUUCUAUAAUGGAUCUCAUUCGAAAAUUAUAUAGAAGUGAAGGUUGGAAAGUAUUUUAUCGUGGAUAUUUUGCAAAUUCUCUUGGAGUAUUUCCUGCUGCUGGUAUUGAUUUUGCUCUUUAUGAAUAUCUUCGACGAGUCUAUCGAGAAAAAGUUACUUCAUUAGAAGAACCAAGUAUUCUAACUUUAACAAUGAUUUCGAAUGUGAGUGCUCUAGCUGCAAUGUAUGCAUCAUAUCCAUUAUAUCUUAUACGAACAAGACAACAAUAUCAGAUUGUACCAGAAAAUAUGUUUGAAAUGAUGGGUAGAAUAUGGAGAAUUGAUGGAUGGCGUGGUUUCUACUUUGGUUCAUUACCGAAUCUUGUCAAAGUUUUACCCGCAUCAACAGUCGCCUAUUUAACAUUUGAUUAUUUUUCAAGUCUAUUUGAUAUUGAUGAAUAA